CAGGCUAAUGAGAGGAAGAGUUUCUACAGUUCAGAUAUUAUGUAGUAUUGGGCGUUCUUGUUGAGCUGCAUAGCGCAGUAUGGUUGGAGACGCCGGGGCUUUUGGAAAACAUCCAGAAAUCUAAGAGAGGCUAACGUGUUAUUUAGACGCUAACAAGCUAAAUCUUUCUAUUAUUACCGGAGUUUUAAUUAUGUUACACUUCAGGACUUCGUCAACUUUAAGACUGGUUGCCGUUUUACUGAGUUUUGGGAUUCACCAGAGCACCUGGAAAGCAGUGGAAUCGAUUCAUCCAGCAUGUGCUCUGGUAGCUGAACAUAUGAAGGCUCAAGAGCAAUGCAUUCACACACAAAGACAAGAGGCCCACAACAGCAACAAUAUCACUGUGUGUCGUACAGAGUGGGAUGAAUUUUGGUGCUGGUACAGGGCUGAGGUCGGACAGGUGGUCAACGUCUCAUGUUCCGACAUCUCUCAGCUCUUUGCUACUAAUCACGGUUACAUACUCAGAAGUUGCACCAAUGAUGGUUGGACAGAAACAUAUCCAUCCUAUGAGAAUGCUUGCGAAAUUGUGGAAGAUUUGGAUUCAGAGACUGAGACCACAUAUUUUUCCACUUUCAGGCAAGUGUACACUGCAGGCUAUGCUACCUCUCUGAUUUCCUUGAUCUCUGCCAUCUUUGUGUUUACGGCCUUCAGAAAGUUCCACUGCACCAGAAACUACAUCCACAUCAAUCUGUUUGCCUCCUUCAUUCUGAGAGCCAGUGCAAUCUUCAUCAAAGAUGGAGUGCUCUUUGCCGAUGAGGAUCUAGACCACUGUCUCAUGUCAUCAACUGCAUGCAAGGCAGCAGUGGCUUUUUUCCAGUUCAGUAUCCUGGCUAACUAUUUUUGGCUGCUCGUAGAGGGGAUGUAUCUACAGACACUUCUAGCUCUUACUUUUGUCUCACAGAAGAAGUAUUUCUGGUGGUACAUCCUUAUUGGUUGGGGUCUACCUGCAGUAAUACUGACCAUCUGGGUUCUGGCAAGAAUAUUUUUUGACAACAGAGGGUGCUGGGAUGAUACAGACAUAGCUUACAUUUGGUGGAUCAUUAAAGGACCAAUGACAGUGUCUCUCCUGAUUAAUUUCUUCAUCUUCAUAAAUGUGAUCCGGAUUCUUGUGCAGAAGCUAAAGUCUCCGGGAAUGGGAGGCAAUGAUACCAGCCACUUCAUGAGACUGGCCAAGUCUACUCUUUUCCUAAUUCCUCUGUUUGGCAUGCACUAUAUGGUGUUUGCCUUCUUGCCAGAGAACACAGGAGAGAAUGCUCGCCACUUCCUUGAGCUUGGACUGGGUCCCUUUCAGGGUUUUGUUGUGGCUCUGUUAUACUGUUUUCUCAAUGGAGAGGUACAAGCAGAACUAAAGAAGAGACUAUGGAAGUGGCAGACACAAAGUUAUUUGAGAUACAGUAAGAGGAGACGAACCCUCUUUACUGAGAGCAGCACAGUCACACAAAUUUCAGUUUUAGAAAAAUCCAGCCCCAAGGAGCUGCCCUUAAUUGAGUCCCAGAACAGUGUGUCGACUGUCUGA